ACCGGCUUGGCCUUGGCGUAUUAGAACCAUAAAUCAUGUCUACAGUUGAAGAAAGACCAGAACCAUUAUCAGGAAAGGAUGAAGGCAUACCAAGUUUCAUUGGAAAUCUAUGGCAGUUCUUUUACUAGGGAAUCACCUUAAGAGGCUAAUCAGUACUUACUGGUGAGUGAAGUGAUCUGGCUUGCCUCUCCCAGCUUUGCCCCUCAAGCUGCAGCACAUGAGAGCCCAGUCACAGGCUAGGGUUGUGACUGAAUGGUGGCUUCCAUUUAAAGUGUUGCACUCUACAAGGUCGUUUGCCUAUCUAACAAUUCGAGAUAGACUGCCAGUCAUUCUGACGAAAGUCAUUGACUUGGUGCACCGAAGAGCUUCAGCAUUCUUGGAGGAAAAUCAACAGGAACAAACUGAGGAUAGUAAAAUUGUCAUUGCAAAGCUCUCUAAAUUACGUUACGAGAUGAAAACCAAUAAGCCAUUGAUGCUGGUGGAAGAUGAUCGACCAGACGUGCAGAUCUGGAAUGACACCAUCAAUAACAGCAAGUCAUUGGUUGAUGAAAACAAAGUCGCAUCCUUCACUGGAGCCUGGCUUGUUGUUGAAUGCUACAUGUAUCGCAAGAUUUAUGAAGCACUGGCUUUGAGCAAGCACCAUCAGAGUUUUGAUCCUUUCCAGGAACAGAAGGAAGCAUCUUUCAAAGGACUUGAGGAGUCUGCCAUUUCCUUAGCACUGUUCCUUGAUCAUUCUGUAAAAUAUUCAGAUUUUAGUGCCGGGAACAGUAAAAGUGUCAAGAGCAUAUUUGACACUUUGCUGCAGUUUUGUUUGUGGGGAAACCGUUGUGACCUCUCUAUCUCAAGUGGAGAAAUCCUGACAAAUCAAGGAGCUGGCCAUACCUCACAUCUUCAACACAUGAAAGAAAACAUUAUUGUUGACAAUUCCCAGGAUGUCUGGGAUGUGAUUCAUAAUGCCAAAAACAUCAGGAUUGACUUUGUGUUAGACAACUCUGGCUUUGAACUUUUUACAGAUUUGUGCUUUGCUGAAUUCCUCUUGCAUGCAAAUUUUGCAAAAGAAAUUCACCUUCACACAAAGGAAAUCCCGUGGUUUGUUUCUGAUGCUAGCAAGAAGGAUGUACUUUGGAUGGUUGAAGAGAUGAGGUCUUCUUCAAACAAGUGCUUAUCUCUUCUAGGUGAUCACUGGUUUCAACGCUUCCAAGAUGGAUCUUUCAUCUUACAAAGCCACCAGUUUUGGACGCUGGCUCAAGAUUUUAGUGAAAUGAAAAGCAUUGCUCCUGAUUUGUAUGAGGAGCUGUCAGGAGCCAAAAUAGUAUUUUUCAAAGGUGACCUGAAUUAUCGCAAGUUGGUUGGCGAUCGUAAGUGGCCUCGCACAACUCCUUUCAAAGAUGCUCUCUGGGGAUUCUUACCAGCACCCCUGUGUUCUUUAAGGACUCUCAAAGCAGAUGUUCAAGUUGGCUUAUCUCCUGGCCAGGAUGCCCACCUGGAGGCUUUCAGGAAGGACUGGAUGACAUCAGGCAGUUACGCUGUUAUCCAGUUUGCUCAACCCCCGAGUUAAUGAUUGUUGAUAAUAAUAAUUAUUAUUUAAUUGCUAGCUAAGAUAAAUAUUUAGCUUCGGGAUUUCACUUUCCACAUAUGGAAAUGAAUCUUGAUUGAGGUAUAUUUUCUACCCACGGAAUUUUAGUCAUGAAUGUUGCACUUGACAAUUUUCUCCUACAUAGUAACCCAUUUAUUCUUCUGGGUAGACACCCUGAGGCACUGUGAAAAUAAUUAGUGCUUUGUCCAGGAUUAAAACACAAAAACCUUAGAGGUUAGAGCACCUCCUCCCAUCUAGAGUUAUGGCAAUAUGAGCAAAAGAGAGAACAAGACAUGCUGUGGAAACGCAAACCAUAGACAAGUGUUGCCACGAAGAAUUUGGUAGUGUUUCAAGACUAAAAUACUCAACUAGUGCACUUCCCUUCAUUUUUUCUGUCUCACGGAUACUGUUCAGAUAUCGUAAAGAAGACUUUGAUGUUGAUUUCUCAUGUACAUUAGAGAGAUGAGGUGUGGUAAUCAUUUUUGAGAUAAUUUAAAGGGGCACUGUCAUGAGCAUGACAUUGAAAAUUCAAAAUUUACUAGAUACACUUUUGUUGACGGAAACCUUAAAGCAUAAUGGUCAAGUUUUGUUUAAAAUACUAUAUAAGUGUACUGAAGCCAAGAAAGGACUAUAAAUUAUAAUCUAGCAGGUCACAUGACUGCACAAGGUUAUGAUGCAAAUUUGUCGAACUUUCAUAAGGUCUUGUGGAGAAGCAAAAUAUUAUUUUCUAUUAUUUCCUACCCUAUCUAAUAAUUUCUUUUACUCACAUAGAAUUAAAUUACUGUAUUUAAGGCAAACAGUUUUCAACUAAUCAUAAUGUGUAGCAUCACACUUAUUUCAUAGCGAUGCAUAGCUCAACUUUUAGCUAUUUACUUCUAGUUUACAAGGUAGUCCAUUUUGGUUUGUACUUAUAGCUUUCAACAGUGAAAGGUAUGAAUCAGUUGUCAUUUCCGCAACAAUAUACAUAUACAAUGGAAAAAGAUUUAUUAUUCCAGUAAUAAAAAAUGUGGACUAAA